AUCAGUCUCUUUUAGCGGGUGCUUGCACGGGCCAAUAUAAAAUACUACUAUGCACUACACUAUCUUUCCAUAAGACGAAGCAGUUGUGACUAUUUUCGUGAGCUCCCUCCCCACCACCACUCCACGCUUCCUUCCCAGGUCUGUCUCUCUUCUGUUUCUCCACCCCAUUCAUCGCACAGCAGCCACCGCCACUGGGAGCGCGCGGCCCCUUUAAGAGCCCAGCUUUGCCUCCCGGUAGCUGAAGGUCAUUAAACACAAAAGCUCUCCAGCGCUGCGGUCCAAUAUAGCGCAUGCGCCCUGCCCGAGGACUGGCAGGGAGACGGCAAUAUGGCGAGAAUGCCUGGCAGCGGCGGCGCCGGCGGAGACUGGAGCACCGGGGGCGGUAGCAGUGGUGGCGGUGCAGGUGGUGAGCACAAUGCGGGGGACCGGCAAUCCAGCCGGGGUGGCCCCCAUCGGCCUCUCCACUAUUGCAGCGCGGGAGAGGACGAGGACGGGGAAGACGAGGAUGAGAUACAGGAGGUGCAGAUAACGGGGGACGAGGAGGGCGCCGAUGGGGGAAUCCUGCUGCUGGACGACGACGAGGAAGACGAGGAGGAUGUGAUGAUGGGACUUGCGUGGGACCCUGAGGAGGAGCCGGGCCAUAUGAUUCGUAUGGACCAAAGCUCCAGGGCACUGCUGGAUAAAGCUGCAGCUGCUGUUUGCAGCGUCAGGGGCCGCCUUGGAGGGGUCAGGAGAGGGGGUUCAGGGGCCAUCGGGGCCGCUGCAGGUGGCGCCCCCUCGGUGCCAGUUAGCGCCCGUGGUAUGGCCACUUCGAUCGUUAGCAAAGCGGUGGCACCGCUUGCUGCCGAGGACUCAGACCCGGAGGCGGAGUUGCUCCUGCAGCGCCCCGAACGGGCUCGGCUGAGCGAGAACACGCGCUUGGCCACCCGGUACGCCGUGCGCAUCUUCCGCGAGUACCUGAGCGAGAAAGCUCAAAGCCCCGACUUCGAGACCAUGGAUAAGGGGGCGCUGUGCCGCGUGUUACGCUCUUUCUACGCCGAGGCGCGCUCCAAGAGUGGGCAGCUCUAUUCCAAGUCGUCGCUCAUCAGCAUCCGUAGCUCGCUCAACCGCUACCUCAACGAACCUCCUUAUUGCCGUACCCUCGACCUCACCAAGGACCCGGAGCUGCGCGCCGCAAACCUGACUCUGGCCGCAGUCAUCCGGAAGCUGGAGGAACAGGGCGCCGGGCCGGUGGUGCAAAAGCAAGCCAUUACGCGCGCUGACCUUCGGAAGCUGUACACCUGCAACGUUUUCAGCACGCAGAGCCCCUUCGGGCUCCUGAACCAGGUUUGGUUCGAGACGUGCAUGUACUUCUGCACGCGGGGCCGCGAGAACCAGCGCGAGCUCGAGGAGGACUCCUUCGGAUUGGCCAUGGACGAGGACGGGCGCAAGUUUGUCUACUUUAAGGCCCUGGGCCCGUAUCACAAGUCGCGCUCGUCGUCUUGGAGCAAAAAGCGCGCCGAGAGCAGCGACGAGGAGAAUUUGCCGCGCAUGUACGAAACCGGCACGGAAUUCUGCCCUUACGCCAGUUUUGUGAAAUACUUGGCGAAGCGUAACCCGCUCUGCAAGGCCUUUUUUCAGCGCCCGCGGGACCACUGCAGUGAGGGCGAUGUCACCUGGUACGAGAACAAGGCCAUCGGCAAGAAUCUGCUGGGUACCCGCAUGCAGAUGCUUUCCAAGGCGGCCAAACUUUCCAAGACUUAUACUAACCACUGCAUCGGCGCUGUCUCCAUCGCUACACUCAACAGUAUCGCCGGCAUUGGCACCAAGCUGACUUCAGGAGCCGCCGGCGGAGGAGGUCUCUACGGCCUCAACGGCAGAACCCGCCUCCCGCCCGUUCCCGCCAACAACACUUAUAUUCUCUCCAAGGACGGCGACAACCAUCCCAGCGUGAAGGCCGAAGCGGCUGCUGUUCUGGUGCCGACUAAGCGCUCCCAUGAGGGCCUGUACGCUGCCGGAGGCGGGGCCGCGGUAGUGGGAGAUGCCUGUGGCGCUUCCUCGUCCCCCAAAAGACUUUGUCUUAGGCCUGCCGAGCCCCUCGACACAGCUGCCGUGGUGGUGGUCUCGGUGAAACAUGACCCCUUGCCUCUCCUCAUACCUGAAGCUAACGGGCUGAGAAGCACCAACUCUCCCACAGUCAUUUCACCUGCAAUGGUUUCCCCCACACAGGACAGUCGGCCCAAUAUGUCAAGACCUCUGAUCACUAGGUCCCCUGCAUCUCCUUUGAACAAUCAAGGCAUCCCCACACCAGCACAACUCACAAAAUCCAAUGCACCGGUUCAUAUUGAUGUGGGUGGGCACAUGUACACCAGCAGCUUGGCCACAUUAACUAAAUAUCCUGAAUCAAGAAUUGGAAGGCUAUUUGAUGGCACAGAGCCCAUUGUUUUGGAUAGCCUGAAGCAGCACUACUUCAUCGACAGAGAUGGCCAAAUGUUCAGAUAUAUUUUGAAUUUUCUACGAACUUCAAAGUUACUCAUACCGGAUGAUUUCAAGGAUUACAGUUUGUUAUAUGAAGAAGCAAAGUAUUUUCAGCUUCAGCCCAUGUUAGGGGAAAUGGAAAGAUGGAAACAGGAUCGGGAGACAGGCCGGUUUUCGAAAUCUUGUGAAUGCUUGGUUGUACGUGUUGCUCCGGAUCUUGGAGAAAGAAUUACUUUAAGUGGAGAUAAAUCUUUAAUAGAAGAGGUUUUCCCAGAAAUUGGUGACGUGAUGUGCAAUUCAGUUAAUGCAGGUUGGAAUCAUGACUCAACGCAUGUCAUCAGAUUUCCAUUAAAUGGAUAUUGUCACCUCAAUUCAGUUCAGGUACUUGAGAGAUUGCAACAAAGAGGAUUUGAAAUUGUUGGCUCGUGUGGAGGAGGAGUGGACUCUUCCCAAUUCAGUGAAUAUGUACUUAAGCGAGAACUCAGAAGGACAUCUCGUUCAUCCUCGGUCAUUCGAAUAAAACAAGAACCUCUGGACUAAGGACACUUUUUCUUAUGCAACACCAGGGGAACCUUUUUCAUGUGCAGUUGGGACACCAAACAGCUUUAGAAUGAAAAGUUAAAUAAAGACAUGUUUAUAUAAAAUAUAGAGACCAUGCCUGUAUUCAAAUGAGAGCAUUUGGAAUAGUAAUAAUUUCAACAUGUAAAAUAUGUAUAUGUGAAAUAUUAGGUUUGCAAAAGAAAAUAAAAAUGGGUAAGUGAGGUUGGUGCUGUGAUGGCUAUUAAGUCUGCUAGGCCUUAGUAAGGCCUGAUUGACUGUGAAGAAGCCAUUGCCAUUACUAGAAGCUAACAUUUUCUGUUUUCCAUUAUUAAAUGGCAGUCUGCUUUUCAGUGUAUACACCUUGAAUCAAGUUUACAGAGAUGCCUGCUUUGGAAGUCACUGAACAGAAUUCCAGAAGAAUUCCAGAAUUCCAUUGCAAAAGAAAAGGUCAUAAACAAGGAUUUACAAUGUAGCUUGUACAGAAGUCAUACACUUCUGCCCACCUGACAGAUGUGAACAUUUUCCUCUCUUUCUAAAAAGGAUCUAGAAUUUAUUAUUAUGUAGUAGAGUGGCCCUUGUUUGAAUCUAAUGAAUUCAAAAGUGUUUUUUUUAACUUGAUAAUAAAUGAAGUACAAUAAAUUCACUGAAAAGGUACUAUUAAAAUCAGCAUUAAACAACAAGAUAUUUUUUUAAAAAAUAAUUUUAACUCACUGCGUUUUAUGCAUUUACAAGCUGCAAUGCGAUACACACUUAUCUUGAGACUCAGUCUUACUGAUCUCAUGAGAUACAUAUAGAAUUGCACUGUAAACAAUGAUGAAUUCAAUUUGGAAAAAAAUAUGAAGGCAUGAAGAAGUUAGUAAAAAAAAAAGUGGUAUCCUCAUUGUAGCAAAAGAAAAUCUGUUGCACCUUAUAGUGCUACUUUCUCUUUGUUAAUUUUAGCCUUGUUUGAAAAGGUGGCUGUAUGGUAAAAUCACAAUGCUAAUCCUAGAAUUUUAUAGAAUUUUUUUAAAGACUUGGUAAAGCAAUUAAUUGGAGAUUUACAGAAUUAUUUCUGUAAUUCUGAAUUACCUAACACCUCUGCUUGGUAUAGCUUCAUCUGUGUUUUUAGAUUUGUCCUCUUAAAUCUUAUAUUCAAUUUUUUUUUACAAAAAUGUUUUGCCUUUCUUAAAACAGGAGAGAUAUUUCCCUACCACCAUCAAUAUCAGUUAUUGAGACUUCAUUCAUUUUGUACUAAUUCAGUAAUAAAGGAAGCCAUUAGUAAACCUCUUCCAUACUAUUGCCAAGAAAAUAAUGUGGACGUGUUCAUGAAGUUACUAGGAGUCAAGUUUAACUCAAAGGAAAUAAUGCAUUAUUUUGUUACUUUAGUAUCUGAAGUCAUCUAUGUUUAAUCUAUACUUUUAUUAAAAUAGGAAAUGCCAUAUUAUCAGGACCCAUAAGAAUUUUAUUGGUUGUUGGUUCUUUUUUCCCAAUAUGGGUAGAAAAAUUACUGAGAAAACUUAUUAGUAGGCAAAAUAUGUACUGCAUUAUAAUAUGGGGAUAUAUUGCAGCUGGGAUUUCCCUUAUUUUAUUAUCUUUUUUUUCUUUACCUAUUUUUUAAUGUGAAGUUUGGAAAAAUUGAAUGUCUUUUUUUAAAAAAAAAAUGGAAAAAUAGGAGCGUGACUAAAUCUGUAAAAAUAAAAAAAAUAGUGCAUUGUUUAAGUUGGUCUUAAUAAGACUUUUAUGUUACAUGUUUUAAAGAUCCUCUUUUCAAGAACCAACAUAGUUCCCCCUUUUUUGUCCAAGUAAUAUUAACUAAGUGGGUUUGGCCUACUCUCAGAAGAGAUUGCAAGUUACACUACAGAAGCCCCAAACUGUUGAGAAAAUGAUGGUUUCCUUGCCUACUCUCAGCUGUUACAGUAUUCUUCCCCAUAAAGAAUCUUUCUAUAUACAAUCUAACACUAUUAAGACUUCUGCUCUUUUUGGUGAUACUUUAUUGGGAAAAGUUUGAAUUCAGAAUUUCAAGUGGAAAAGAAAUCCGUCUGAUAUAGCUGUAAUCAGUGAAAGCUAAAAGCAUUACCAGAGAGGGUUUUUAAAAAAUGUGAAAUAACCUAAUUACAUACCGCAAUUGAAAGAAUAAAUCCCUAAAAUAUGAUAAUGGACAAAAGCAAUCUUGUGCUAUUUCAGAAAUGUAAACUUGUAAAAUUAAUAUAACCUCAUUUAUCCAAUGGCAUAUGUAUCAUAAACAGUUAAGGUAAAAAUGAUGGAUGACAAUAAUAUUAACAUACAGUUUCAUGAGAAGGUAUACUGAAUUUGUGUUCCCAAAUCUGGACAAUAGCAGUAAUAUUGCAUUGCUGUAUUUGGAUUAUUGUUAUAUGCUUAUUUUUUAAUGGGAAUUAGUCUUAAUAGAUGUGCAUUUUUAUCUUAUUUUGCACUAUGGUAAAAUGGAAGGAACAGAAAAGUUGGAAAAAUAUUCCUUUUUAAUCUUAAUCAGUAGAAAAAUCUACAAAUGUAUAAGAAAAAUAAAAUUCAACAACACUAUCUGUACUUACAUUUAAUAUCAUAUAAUACCCCUCCAUUUUAAAAGUAGAAUGGUCCAGAUACUGAAUUUUAAGAAUCAGAUGGUGGGGUAAUGUUCUAUAUGUAGCACACUGUACUUCAUAAGAACCAAUAGACAUUCCAUUACCCCUCAAUUUUUAAAGUAGAUGGUCCAGACACUGAAUUUUAAGAAUCAGAUGGUGGGGUAAUAUUAUUUUGUUCUAUAUGUAGCACACUGUACUUCAUAAGAACCAAUAGGCUUUACGUGGUUAAAAAACUGGGUAGGAGAUUGGAUAGAAAAAUGACAGCACAUAUGUGUUGCUGAAAGUUGUUCUUCCCAUUUACAAAUGCUACAGCUCAAAUUACUGUGAUUUUUGUGUUUGAUGGGAUAUGGAAUCUUUGUUGGCAAUUCGUUCUUGUUCAGUUGUCUGAAAUAGACAUUGUAUCAUGUUCCUUUCUAAUUCUUUUAUUAGUCGGAUAAACAUUUCUUCAUUGAAUGUUACAUGAAUUGAAUUACAGAUUGUGGAAGACUGGAAUGUCGAUGAGAUUGUACUCUAGGUCAGUCAUGGAAUCUGAGGUUAUGAGCUGAAUAAAACAUGAUGCAGGGGUAACAAAAUGUAGACUUCUUGGUAAGACUGAUUAGCUGUAUACAAAGAGAGCAGAAUCUUGAACAGUCUGUUAAAUGUCAUUUGUUAAAUCAGAUUGGUAGAUAAGAGCAAUAAAUAUAUUUAAGAAAAAAUGAGCAGCUCUCUUUUUACAAGGUAAUAAUUUCUGAAAUACAUGGUGGUUAUAAUUUAGCUACAUUUUAUUUCAUCAGUGGAUGCUAUAUAUUGCUGUAACUCAUAAAAAAUGGAACAUCAGCUGCCAAGAUUUUGUAUUCUUUCAACAUGAUUUAAGUGGUACCAAAGGGUCUGUUGGGAAUAUAUACUGGAAAAAGCAUACAAUAUGAUUUCUUCAAAAUAAUGUGGCUGGAGUUGUGAAUGAAAUAGAUUUCUGAAGGCAAAUUGAUCAUUGUUGCUUAUACUGAUUUUGAAUGCAUUUUAACUAGUACAAAUACUUUUUUGUAGUUCUCUGAUGUUUAAUCUGAUUAUUUCUUUAAAGCAUACUUAGACCACCCAUUGUCUAACAUAGACAUUUUGACAUGUCUCAAAAAUGAGUCUAAUCAAUAAAAUUUGUAGAGAUUUGUUUCUUA